AUGGUCAAAGCUGUUGUUGCAGGUGCCUCUGGUGGCAUUGGCCAGCCCCUCUCGCUGCUCCUCAAGACCAGCCCUCACAUCGAUGAGCUCGCCCUCUACGAUGUCGUCAACACCCCCGGUGUUGCUGCUGACCUCUCUCACAUCUCCUCCCCCGCGACAAUAACGGGUUACCUCCCUGCCAAUGAUGGUGCGAAGGCUGCUUUCAAAAAUGCCGACAUCAUCGUCAUCCCCGCCGGCAUUCCUCGCAAACCUGGCAUGACGCGUGAUGAUCUCUUCAACAUCAACGCCGGCAUCGUCAAGGGCCUAAUCGAGGUUGCUGCCGAGGUGGCCCCCAAGGCCUUCAUCCUCGUCAUCUCCAACCCCGUCAACUCGACGGUGCCCAUCUCCGCCGAGGUCCUGAAGGCCAAGAAGGUCUUCAACCCCCAGCGUCUCUUCGGCGUCACCACGCUCGACAUUGUCCGUGCCGAGACCUUUGUUGCCGAGAUUACCGGCCAGUGCGAGCCACAGAAGCUGACGAUUCCCGUCAUCGGCGGUCACUCUGGCGAGACCAUCGUCCCUCUCUUCAGCAAAGCUUCUCCCAACGUCAACAUCCCCGACGACAAGUAUGAUGCUCUCGUCAACCGUGUUCAGUUCGGUGGUGAUGAGGUUGUCAAGGCCAAGGACGGCGCUGGUUCGGCCACACUCUCGAUGGCAUACGCCGGCUUCCGCUUCGCCGAGAAGCUCCUCCGCGCCGUCAAGGGCGAAAAGGGCCUCGUUGAGCCUAGCUACGUCUACCUCCCUGGCGUUCCUGGCGGUGACGUCAUUGCCAAGGAGACAGGCUGCGAUUUCUUCUCCGUCCCCAUCUCUCUUGGACCCAACGGUGCUGAAAAGGCCAACAACCCCCUGGAGGGCAUCACGGCGAAGGAGAAGGCACUUCUGAGCAAGGCCGUCGAAGGUCUCAGGGGCAACAUCACCAAGGGCAUCGACUUCGCCCACAGCCCGCCCCAAAAGUGA